AAGAAAAAGAAAGAGGAACAAAACCUGAAGUGCAGCAGAAGAUUAGUGGAAGAUUCGUUUGUGUGUGUUUGCUGGGAAUAAUAAUAAAAAUAGAAAAGGUGAAGAGUAAUAAUAAAGAUGUUUACAUGCAUAGCUUGUACGAAGCAAACGGCGGAAGAGAGGGAAGAAGAGGGUGGCACGCCGAGUACAAAAGAAGCCGUCAAAAGUCUGACUGCACAGAUAAAGGAUAUGGCACUGAAGUUUUCAGGAGCUUACAAGCAGUGUAAACCCUGCACAGGGUCCAGUACCUACAAGAAAGGACAGAGACCAUUUCCUGACUUUGACACCAUCUCAGAAGGGGUUCCAUACCCCUAUAUUGGAGGUGCAAGCUCAACUUCAACCCCUGCUUGGGACUUCACAAGCUCCAAUUUACCUGGUGGUAGAUCAGACCAAAGAUUUAUAGGUAGUUUUGGUGAUGAUAGGACUCCAAGAGGGGGUGAGUCAGCAUCAGCCACUGAUGUAGUUUUGGAAGAUGAGGAUGAAGCCAAGGAGUGGAUGGCACAGGUGGAGCCAGGGGUUCACAUUACCUUUGUGUCUCUUCCCAAUGGAGGAAAUGAUCUCAAAAGAAUUCGCUUUAGCCGAGAGAUGUUUGACAAGUGGCAAGCUCAAAAAUGGUGGGGUGAGAAUUAUGACCGAAUCAUGGAGCUUUACAAUGUCCAGAGAUUCAAUCGACAAGCUCUUAACACUCCUUCAAGGUCUGAGGAUGAGCAAAGAGAUUCUUCAUACUCAAGACUGACAUCUGCAAGAGAAAGCCCCAUGGCCUCAUCAUUAAACAAGGAUGGGACAAGGAAUCACUAUAAACCCUCGGGGAAUAAAGGGUUUUUUCCUUCUGAAGCUAUGGAUCAAGGCAGUGGCCAAAACUUGCAUGCAGGGUCAUCCAUAGAAGCAUCAAGGACAACCACCUCUUCUAGAGAUGAGGCUUCAGUAAGCAAUGCUAGUGACAUAGAGACAGAAUGGAUAGAGCAAGAUGAGCCUGGAGUGUACAUUACUAUCAGGCAAUUAGCUGAUGGAACAAGGGAGCUUCGCCGCGUCAGAUUCAGCCGGGAAAGAUUUGGGGAGGGACAUGCAAAGAAAUGGUGGGAAGAUAACAGAGAAAGAAUACAAGCUCAAUAUCUUUGAAGUCAUGUUGCCAUGAAAAAAAGUGGAUGUCCUAAGCUGGUGGAAUCCUCAAUUUUGUUUCCUAGAGAUUGUAAUGUUGAUGACUCCAGUUUAGAGACAGGAGUUUCUAUACAGAAAACUACACUUCCCACCAUUGGUGAUGA